GCAUCGGCCGGACUCAUCUCAAUGAAGCGUCACCUCGAGCUAAUCGUUUUCUGUACCGAACCUGAGCCUGAUGCCAAGGCGGAAACGACUGUCAGACUUCAUCUUGCACCCAGUUGCUCUUUGUUGGGCGUGUCGACGGACCAUCCUGCAAACAGAGUUUAUUGCAACUCAGCCAACUAUCCUGCUCUCCUCGACAGAGUCCUCUCCGCUCCAGUGACUGUUUCCUUGGCAUUUGGCACUACAGAGCUCUCUACAGCACCAGACAAGAGAAACUACUGCUAUAGUUAAAGGAAGAUGUUUUUGGCCCAGAAAUUCCUCAGUGGCGUCAUUAAUGUUGUCAGCAACAACAUCGACCAGUUUGUGCCCACUGAUCCUCCGCCACCACGCAGGCCAGCUGUAUACGCCGAGCAGCAUGAGAACGAUGAGGAGAAACAGUUCCGCAGGGUCUUCCAGCAGCUCGCUGGAGAGGACAUGGAAGUGAGCCCCAAAGAGCUGAUGGACAUUCUCAACAGAAUUGUUACAAAGCAUGGAGACCUGAAAACGGAUGGUUUCAGCAUUGAGUCCUGUAGAAGCAUGGUGGCAGUCAUGGAUACCGACAGCACUGGUAGACUUGGAUUUCAUGAAUUCAAACAGCUUUGGGACAACAUAAAGAAAUGGCAGGGAGUGUACAAAAAGUAUGACGAGGAUGGCUCCGGUCUCAUCGGUGCACACGAGUUGCCCAAAGCGUUCAAAGCCGCUGGCUUCCCCCUCAAUGACCAGCUGUUCAGCAUGAUUAUCCGCAGAUACAGCGACGAAUCUGGUAACAUGGAUUUUGACAACUACAUUGGCUGCCUUGUGAGGCUGGAUUCCAUGUGCCGUGCCUUCAAAACCCUGGAUAAGGAUUGCAAUGGGACUAUCAAAGUCAAUGUCCAGGAGUGGCUUCAGCUGACCAUGUACUCUUAAGUCCAGAGAAUGACGUCGUCCCUUCUGCUUGGAACCACUACUUUUUGUUAUCACAAUAUAUUUUCUCAACCAUCCCCACAACUACUGUUAUUGAUAAAUCCCUUGUGGGUGCAGGGGUCUUUUUUGAAAUGUGAUGCAACGCAAAGGUGGUGGGAUUGUUCGCUGCUCCAUUAUACUUACAAGACAGACAUUCCUGCUUUGAGUAGCCCAGAAAGGUAAAAACCUGCACUCCCAACGGUACCCAUCAGGUGCAUAAGGACAACAGGAUGCUGAACUUUUUGUUGUGCUUGUUUGGCAUUUUCCUCUGCUCUUCUUCGUGCCUGAAAGGGGGCAGGCCAACAUCGGGAUGUUUUAUAUGCUGUGGAAUUUGUGAAAUCCGGAAGCUGCCGUUUGUAUGCGGCUCGUCUCCCACAGAUUGUAUGUGAAGUGGUAUCCGUGGAGGCAGGCCAAUCAUAUUUUUAUUCUAAGACUGUUUAACCCCCUAGCAAUUGAAAAUUGGACAUGUGUAAGUUUUUUUUGGCCACCCACAACUUUCCACUUAUCUGAUUGUAGCCUUCUCAGAACUAUGUGGGCGUGCACCCGUGCGCUGCCGGUUAUUUUAUCACACCUUCAGGUUUUCUAUGAACACACCAAAUUCAUUUCGUGGAAUUUCUUGAGCUUGUCCUAAUCCAUUCACUCAGGAGAAUCACAAGGGUGUUAGUUGCCCCACCCUAGCAGGUGCAACAACUUUUAGAGGAGUGUCAGUCUGUGUGUACACACCUGUGCAGAUCGCAGAAGAUGUCUAAAUUUGGGUGUAAUCGGGUAUAGGUUCACAUUCUCUUUGCCAACACCUUCAGAUUUGUGUAAAACUGUAAACUCUCCACUUUUACCACUUUCCGGGAUAGGUGUUCGGCAAGGGCACCGUUGCUGUGUUUUUUCUGUAUUUUUUUUAAAAGAAAUAUAAACUAGGCAGUGUUCUUUCUCUAACUCAGUAGAAAUGUGUGGAGCCAGACCUUUCUUUUAGUGCCAGGCUGUUAGACCUCAGUCGUCUCUGUCAUCCUUCUGAAACCAGCCACAAGCCUCACAAAUUCGAGAUUCUUGUUCACCAAAACAACAGAAUGGGACAGCUUGCCAUUGUUUUACUGAAAUAAAAGAUAGAUAUGUGAAUGAUAGGCUUGCACUGCAGAUCAUUGCAAGCGGGUCAUAGUUCAAUCAUAUCAGAUAUGCAUUGUUUACUGCAUGCACAGCGGUGAGUACUGCAAUUUUUUUUUUUUUUACUCAAGAUUAACAUCCCAAGAGGCAUUUCUUAGUUUGGACAUGCUAAUAUUUUGCCAUAGACUCCUUUAGCAGUUUCGCUGUAUUGUUUUAAAAUGACUGCACCAGAUAACGCCAGCACAAUCCAUAAAUUGAUAAUAUAUAUAUGGUGUUUGCCACUAAUGCAUGCGGCCAAUAGUUCAUAACUGUGUAGUUAUAGCCACAGCCAUUAAAAUGUCACUGUAAAAUGCUUUGUGAAAUAAAUGCCUGUGCCAUAUUUGGGUUAAAAGGG